GUUAAACUCAAACCACCAUGAUCUCCGAGACUGACCAAGAAGAAAGCCCGAAGCUGAGAUCUGUUACCACAAGAAUCUUCCAACAACUCAUCCAUUACCUUAAAUACGCCACAUCAGCGUACUCCCCAUUUUGCCUCAAGCCGAAUGGAAAUUCUCUGGUUACACAUUUCUCAAACGCAUUAGCGGACAUUCAAGGUUAUGUUGCCCGAGACGAUGAUAGGAAGGAGAUCAUCGUCGCAUUACGGGGAAGCACCUCUAUUCUUCAUAUGCUUUUGGACGCUCAAAUCACGCUCGUACCGUUCCUCUCGCUUGGUGUAGACGCACCUGGUAUUAGAUUAUCGUUAACGAUGACACUAGCGAACACUGACCUCAACCCAACUCAUGCCCUCUCUUUAUUAACAGCAAACGUACGUGUUCACAGUGGUUUCCUUACCGCUUGGAAUUCGGUGGCUAUUCAAAUCGCUGCUGUUCUCAAGAUGGAACUGUCCCGAAACCGAGGCUAUGAUCUCAUUACGACCGGACACUCCCUUGGCGGGGCUAUUUCCACCCUAGCAGCAGUAGCUUUUAAACAGACAUAUGAUGACGCAGUCAAAGUUCGAAAUUAUACCUAUGGAGCUCCUAGAAUCGGUAACAGACACUUCGCGGAAUUUGCCAACCACCUCCUCGGAACAAAUGCAUUUAGAGUCGUACACGGACACGAUGGUGUACCCACGAUGAUCCCUACAUCUCUCGGGUAUUAUCACCACGGCGUCGAAUAUUGGCAAACAUCCAACGACGCAAGACACGAAACAACUUUUCAAUGUUCUCUCACGGAUGGAGAAGACUCACAAUGUUCUGCUUCUAUUCCGUCGGAAGGAAUAAACAGAGAUCACACGGAAUACUUUGGAAUUUUCACAACAACACCAUUCUGCCUGUAACAGGAAAACAGGCAUACAUGUUCGAAUUCGUAAGCGGAUUUCCUUAGAAAUAGGUAGCACCGGCGAAAGGAGGAGGUUCGGAAGAUUCGUCACAGGGCAGACGGAUAAUACUAGAAUAAAAUAAAAUGCGUGUGGAUGCGUGUAAAGAUGCAAGCGGGUGGUGAAAGAUACAAGUCAUGCAGGGCGAAGAAAGAGGCGGAUAAGGUAUCGCAGACGUAACAAAGUGCGUGAUAAGCGUGAGGAGGUAUCGCAAGCAAAAGAGAGGCGAAAAAAAAGCAGUCAGUGACGAACGCGAAGAAAAAUUGUCCAAUAGAUAAACCAU